GAAGAAGGAGAAAGCCAAGGCCAAAGCGCGGCGCAAGAGGUCUGAAAGCGACGGCAGCGACAACAUUGACCUCUUCGGUGGCGGCGAGCAGAACGAGGAGCCGGAAGAGCAGGAAGCAGCGGAGGAGCAAGAGCAGCCAGAGAAGGAGCAGAAGAAAGGCUGGGACCUGGCAAAGCCCUACGGCGAUCGCUGGCAGGAGGGCGAUGUCAUCUGCUGCCAAGUGAUGAUGCCGGGCGGGGUUAUUGCGUUCGGCCUCAACGGCGAUUUCCAGGCACCUAUGGGAGUGGCCUUCGACCUGAACUUACCGAAGGGUACGCAGCUCUGUCUAGUCGCAGCGGCUGGUGAGAAUGGGCGGCUUCGAGUUAACCUCGGCACGGUGGCCUUCGCUUUCCCACCGCCUAACAAGCUGGAUGCAUUGCUUCCGGACCUUGAUGAGGAGGAGGAGGAGGAGGAGCCUGCUAAAGCCAAGGAGGAAGGAGGCGAAGAGGCCGAGGCCCAAGAGAAAGCCGAGAAAAAAGCACCUGAG